AUGUCCAUGACCACGCCCAUCAACAUCAUCCCGGCACCUUCACGCCGUCCUCUCGGCGUGCCAGGGGUACCCACCCACCUCCUCGCAUCUGCGACACACCACCACCAACUCCGACUCUUCUCCUCAACCACUACCCGCUACAACGACGACGCCGAGAACAAGGACGAGAAGAACGAGAACGAGAACAAAAACAAACCAACACCAUCCCUAACACACAUCUCCCCCUCAGGCUCAGCCCACAUGGUCUCCAUAGCCUCCAAACCCCCCACCGCCCGCAUCGCAAAAGCAGCCUGCACCAUAACCUUCUCCUCCCCCACCCCCCUCCGCCUCAUCCGCGCCUCCCAGAUGAAAAAGGGCGACGUCCUGGCCACGGCGCGCAUCGCCGGCAUCAUGGCCGCCAAGCGCACGCCCGAUAUCGUCCCGCUGUGCCACCCGAUCCUGCUCUCCCACAUUGGCGUCGAGGUCGAGCCCGCGAGCGAGGCUGACGACGAGACGGUGAUGCGGGUCGAGGCGACGGUCGAGUGCGAGGGCAAGACGGGGGUCGAGAUGGAGGCUUUGACGGCUGCGGGGGCGGCGGCAUUGACAGUGUAUGAUAUGUGCAAGGCCGUUGAUAAGGGCAUGGUCGUUGGUGGGUUGAGGGUUGUGUUGAAGGAUGGGGGGAAGAGCGGACGGUGGGAGAUGCCGUGA